GGAUAGACGAAUCCAAGCACGGAAAUAGAUAAGCUGUAGCUACUCGGUGAGGGAGGGAGAAAGGGAGGAGGUCGAUAUGGCGCGAGCUUCCCUCCAUUUUUCGAAACCCUCGGUGGCUGCCUCCCUCGUCAAAAAUGGCGGGAGCGGAGGGAACCAUGGGAAAUCUCGGGUCCUCAUCUUGGGAGGAACCGGGAGGGUCGGUGGCUCCACCGCCACUGCUCUUUCCAAGCUCUGUCCCUCCUUCCAAAUCCUUAUCGCUGGAAGAAAUAGGGAGAGAGGUGCCGAGCUAGUCUCUACACUUGGUGAAAAUUUUGAGUUUGUUGAACUUAACAUUAACAAUGCAAAAAUGAUGGAAGCAGCUUUAGAAGGUGUGGAUCUAGUAGUUCAUGCAGCUGGCCCUUUUCAGCGCAAAGAGAAGUGCACAGUCUUGGAAGCUGCAAUCUCUACUAAGACAGCAUAUGUAGAUGUUUGUGACGAUACAGACUAUGCAAGGAGAGCAAAAUGUUUUCAUCAAAAGGCAGUAGCUGCUGGCAUUCCAGCUAUAACAACUGGUGGAAUUUAUCCUGGAGUUAGCAAUGUUAUGGCAGCUGAACUAGUGCGCUUUGCCCAAAGUGAAAAUGCUGGCGAGCCGGAGAGGUUAAGAUUCUUCUACUACACUGGAGGUUCUGGUGGUGCUGGUCCAACUAUAUUGGUUACAAGUUUUUUGCUGCUGGGGGAGGAUGUUAUUGCUUAUAAUAAAGGAGAAAAGAUCAAAUUAAAGCCAUAUAGUGGAGGGCUCAAUAUUGACUUUGGAAAAGGGAUUGGGAAAAGAGACGUAUACUUGUUGAACUUGCCUGAAGUCAGAAGCGCUCAUGAGAUUUUAGGCGUUCCAACUGUCAGUGCUCGAUUUGGCACAUCCCCAUUUUUCUGGAACUGGGGAAUGGAAGCUAUUGCAAAUUUCGUUCCUGCUGAUAUUCUGCGAGAUAAAAGUAAAGUUCAAACCUUAGCUCAACUCUUUGACCCUUUCGUGCGAGCCAUUGAUGGCAUUGCAGGACAGCGCGUAUCCAUAAGGGUAGACUUGGAGUGCUCAAAUGGACAGUGUACUCUUGGUUUAUUCACACACAAAAACCUUUCAGUAUCAGUGGGAUAUGCAACAGCUGCAUUUGUCCUAUCAGUUCUUGAAGGUAGCACACAGCAUGGAGUCUGGUUUCCAGAGGAGCCAGAGGGUAUUGCAAUUGAAGCAAGAAAAAUCCUCCUUGAACGUGCAGCCCACGGAACAAUAAAUUUCGUAAUGAAUAAGCCUCCAUGGAUGGUGGAAACCGAUCCAAAGGAGAUUGGAUUGGGAAUUUAUAUGUGAAAAUGCUGAAAUGAAGACUUCAGCACAAUUGGGUUUCUCAGUGAGUUAAUGCUUAAGUCGCCAAUUGGCAUUCAUUCUUCAAAAUUUGGAUGACACAGGAUUUGGGAGCAAAGAAGCUGCUUUAUGUACCAUACGUUCUAAUAAAAUUAAAAAUUUUAAGCAUGUGUCAGUAACUCAUAAACCUCCCGUUUGUGAACACAUUGCUGUUAUGUAAUUAUUAUUAUUAUGCAUGAAAGUGUUUAUUUACCUAGACUGGAUGAUCAAAUCACUAAAUCUACAAUAGCCAAAUUAUUCAUACUUAUGAUGAAGUAUUUCCACCUUAA